UUUAUAGAAAGUGAAAAAGUUUAAGAUUUAAGAAAAGAUAUUAUUAAAUACCUAUAACAUAAAACAAAGAAAUUUCAGAAAAUUUAUUAAAAUUGCUUAUAAUUGAUUAUUUACUUUAUUAAUGUUACUUUUCUUUUGCUCCGCAACCAAAAAAAUAUUUUCAUUGUAUAAUUUUAUAUGAUGUAUUUGUAGAAAAAUAUGGUAGAUAUGGACGCAAGCAGUUCGGUCAGUGGAUUGAAGCAUCCAAUUGACAAUAAUAUAAAUACCCAAGAAAGUGAUAAUAAAGUAAUAAAAAACGGUGGUAUAAGAAUUUGUGUCGAGCCCGAGGAAGGACAAAUUAUAGAAGAUGUUGAAUUCGAAGAUAUUUCUUCAGAUGAAGAUCCACUAUUUACGGAAGCUGAUGAGCUUUCAAUGCGAAAACGUAUUGAAGAACUAGAAUUACGAAACGCUGAAUUAGAAAAAAUUGCUGUUAUAUCUGUGAUAAAUAACUACGAUUUAGGAAGUAAUAAAAUUGUGCCUCAAUCAGAGAAUCAACCUUUGGAUAUUAUUGAACUAUCUGAUUAUGAAUACCCUGAAUAUGCUUCCAAUGAUGUCAGCUCAGCAUUUAUGCCAUACGAUUCCAAGUACAAUGUACUGAAAAACUAUUAUAAAAAAUUUCCAAAAACUGACUCAGGUUUUCAAAAUAGUGUCGCUAAAUCUUACCACAGAUCAAGAAAAAGACGAAGAAGAGCUCAUUCAUCAGAUAAUAAAAAUGUUGAUGAAAAUAGAUCUGCCAGAUUAUCUAGAGUUAAAAAACGGAGGAAAAGAUCUCAUAGCCCUUUAUUAGAUUUUUCUCCGGUAAGAAUAAAAUCGACUAAGCAUCAUCAAAGUCGAUCAAAGCGGUCAAAACGAAAACGUCGUCUAAAAAAUCAACAUUAUGGAUCAGUAUCACACGAUUCUGAUUCUGGAAAAUCAGAUACGUAUGAGCUGGAUCGGGAGGAACUAAGAAAAGCUAUAAAAAGAAACAGUGAAACAAUGCACAAAGGAAAUUUUCAGAAUAUUGUUGGCAAUAUCAAAGACCAAAUUAUUGUAGAUGACGAUGUAAUAGAAGUAGAAAAUGAUAAUGAAGUUGAAAUUAUCAACUCAAAAUCUAAAGAUGAGAACGCAGAAAGGAAUAAUACAGUUGCUAGUGAUGACUCAGAUUCUUUAGAAGAACAAACUCUUAGAUUAAUUGCUUUAAAAUCGGCUAUAGUUAAGAAACAUUUGGAUCGUAAAAAGCGUAGAGAAAUUGAUGAAAAAAAACCGUAUUCACCAUCGGAUUUUGAUUAUUGGUGUAGUGGAAUAAAUAUAGAAAAUUCUCCAAAGGAUUUCGAUGAAUUAGAAUGUUUUGAUUCUAAUAAUAUCAGUCCCCCAGAAUCGCCAAUUAAUAUAUCAGAUGAAGAUAAUGUAAAAUCAGUUGAUAUUGACCUAAUAAAUAUAGAUACUGAUUCAGAAGAACCGAAAUUUUUAAAUUCUCCUAAAAUGGAUUUGUCAAGUAUUGAUCUAUUGAAAAAACUAGCGCCUCCACCACCCCAAAUUACAAUAAUAUCUCCGACACCUAUUAGAUUAAAGGAAAAAUGUUUAGAAGAAACAAAUAAGGGAGAUGAAUCUAAACUGAUUAUUUCCACAAAAAAUUCUUCGCCAGAUGAUUUAUCUGAUGAAGAAGAGCUUGCUUUACGAGCUUUACUCUUGUCAACCAUGAAUUCUCCAAAAGUUAAUAACAUUUCUAUAAAAAAAACUAUUUUAACUGAUAAUUCGCAAAAUACGACUAUUAAUAAGAAUAACGAGUCACUUUGCAAAAGUACAAAACAAGACAAAAUUGAAAAUUUACAGGUUACGUUAAAUGAUGAAAGAAAAGAAGAUCAGGAUAUGAACUCAUAUGAAAUCGUAUCACUGAAGGCCAAAAAUGCAAAUAAAACAGAAUCAUUACUCAAAGAAGCUGUUAAGCGAUUAAAGACAAGUACACUUAAUGAUUUAUCAGAAAAUGACCAAAUUUUCGAAACAAACUCCGUUAUUAGUCAAAAUAAGACUGACAGAUUCUUAAAUUAUUCUGUACCUGAUAGUAGAAAUAGCUUUAAAGAAAUUCAAACUUCUUCAGGACCACAAGUAUCUAUUGAAGGGUCUGACACUUUGAAAUCUGAAGAACUACUUAUAGAAUCUCGUAGAAAAUUAAAUAGAUUUAUAAAAUGUCUUGAACAAGAAAAAACGGGGACUUCUGAUUAUGAUAAAGCACAAAGUUCUGAAGAUCUAAGUGAUGUAGAUGAUACGGAACAAAAAACAAAAAUCAGUGACACUAGAGAAAUUGCUGAAAAUCUAACAUCUAAAUCCUGUAUUGAAACUCUCCAACAAAUUAUUGAACUGAACUAUGAAAAAUUAGUUAGAAUAAGCCCAGAAAAUGGAUUAAAUACUGAAAACGAAGAAAGUAUAUGCAAUUAUAAUGAAUUAAAGAAACAAAGUUCAGAGGAACAUAAUGAAGGGAACAAUCAAAAGGAAGAAACUUUUAAUGUACAAGGCUCAAAAGAGCACAAAUUUGAAAAUAAUGUUGUGGAUGAUGAAAAUAUAAAUGCUCAAAUUAAUUUUACGGAUACCUCGGAAAAAAGUACAACAAAAAAUAUUGAUAAAUUAGCGGAAAAUUUCAUGCAAGAUACAGUGGAUACAUCUUUAGAAAUAACAAAAAAAAUUGAAUCACUCCAGAAAUUAUCGGAUUCUAUUGAACAAACUACAAAAAUAACUGCCAAAGCCAAAGCAUCACUUGAUGUAAGUAAACCGAAGCCAGUAAAUAUUAACCUAGUACAAAGUAGAAAAAUUGUAAAAAUUAAUAAAAUAAUUAAUCAACCGUCGCAAAAAGGCCAUAAUAUUUCUACUCAAAGUAGUAACUUAAAUAAAUUAGUUAAGUUGAACUCAAAGCAAGUUGUUUCGCGAAAAAGUCCUCCAAAUAUUAAUGAAGCUAGUAUAAUUUCAAACCGAGUGUCCAAAAUUAACAAAACGACGGGUAAAUUAAUAAUAACUGUUGGAGUAACAUCGUCAUCAGAAGAUGAUGAUUACCUUUUUGAUCCAAAUGAAAAAUCAAACAAAAAUAUAGACUCCAAUUAUGAUGAUAAUGCUAGUCCAAUGAGUUUUCAAAUGGAUAGUCCAUGUUACUCACCAUAUCCAGCUGUAUCAAUCUCAGAAAUGAAAUUUAAUGAAGUAGCGGAAAAUAUGGAAGCUGAAAAGAGUUUAAAAGAGAAUUUAAAUGAAGAAAAUAAACUUAUUGUCAAAUCAACAAACGAUGUUUUCCAAGCAAAAUUAGACAAAUUUUUGAAGAAUGCCAGAACUCAAGUAGAACUUGGAAAAAAAGCUGAACAAACAAGUCAAAACUUAUCAGAACCAAAGACUCCUAUGUCAAAAUUAAAUCCUACAAAUACAGUAUCUGUCACCCCAAUAGCUGUAAGACAUUUACCAGAAUCGUCCCAAUUGGAAUACAGAAUGCUGAUAAAUCGUAUGAAAAUAUUAGAACGUCAAAAGCUUAUUAAACAACAACCUUUAAGUGAACCGACUGCAAUUAGUGAUUCAAAUGUUGAUGCUGUUCAAAAUAUGACCGAAAGUAAUACGGAAAUGAACAAUUCUGAAAAUGUCGACAAAAAAGUGGAAUCUGAUUCCAAUUUAAAUGUUCCUCUUGAUAAGGGACCAAAAAUAGCCAAGAAUGAAACUUCAACUGUUGUUGAUGAAAUUGAUAUACAAUCUAAUUCAAUUACUCCAGAAAAUUUUGAGCAAAGUAAUGUUAUCGUAGAUAGAAACGAUAAGACAAAACAAAAUUUAGAUUUAAUAAAAAAAUAUGAAAUCGCUCACGACAAAAAUAGCACUUUAAUACUUGAAAACUUGAAUAGGGCAUUAAAGUUCGUCAAAAUGGGUAAAGAGGUCAAGACAAGAAAAGUGUUGCUCGAAUCGAAAUUAGAAAAACUGAAAGCUGAAUUAAAAUUGUGUGAGACAGAUCUUAAACUACAAAAUCAAAAAAUUGCCAAAAUUUAUCCUGCCAUUUCAAAAUCUUAUGAAACAAUAGUACACUUAAAGUCCCGGAGAAUAAAACUAAGUAAAAUUUCCAAACAGUUGGGCAAAUCUUUGAACGAUAAUACGCCUGUAUUAAAAGAAGGAUUAAGUGUAGAGAUUCAGAAUAAAUUCAAACAUCUUUCAAAUGAAAUUAAUCACUUGAAAAAUUUGAAAAUUAGUGAUAUUGAAAAUUACCAAAAAGAAUCACAACAAGAUAUAAACAAUGCAAGAAAAGUUAGUCAGUGUAAAGAAUCGGAAUUUGAAAUUGAAGAAAGUGGCACUGAGAAACAUAAUUCUGAUAUUGAAAAAAAAAAUGAGAUCACAAAUAUCAACAAAGAGAUUAAUCAAAAAGAUGUCUGCAAAGACAAAUUUACGGAAAAUAUUGACCAAACAAUCAACAAAAAUCAUUUCGAAAGUACAAAUAAUAAAACAGAACCUACUUCAGAUUCUAAAGAUGUACAAUUAAACCAGGAAGAGCCAAUAUUUGAUGAACCACCUAUAUUUAAUGUAUUAACAGAAGGUCCUAAAGAUACAAAAGAUGAAAAUUUCGAAUAUAUUUCACCCCUUGAAUUUCUUAAUGAAAGAGAAAGUUCUAGCAGCAAUUUUAGAAUUAAUCCAAAUGAAAUUAUAUGUCCAUUUCAAUUAAUGGGUCAAUGUGAUGAUAAAGAUUGUAAAUAUAAUCAUUUAAGUAUAGACGGUACAUCUGAACAAUCAAAAAAAUAGCACACACAAGAAUGUGGCACACCAGCGGCAUAAUUAUUUAUUCAAUUUUUCCUGGAGGGAAAAAGCAUUUUUUUACUACAACAAAAGAAACUAAUUUAUAUAAAUAUAAUAAUAUAAAAAAAUAUUUGUAAAUAAGAAAAUAAUAUAUUUUCAGAAAUUGAAAAACUUUAUCUACAAUUAUUAUACAAGGAUCGGAUUAGAAUAUCAUUUUAAUCAACUGCAUACCUUUUAAAACCAAAGAAUAUUUUUUUUUGAGACAACAAAAUGAUUCAAAUGCCACAAGUAUUUAAGUAACACAUAUUAUAGAGAUUACUUUGGUUUAACUACGAUGACUUCAUUUUAUGGAUAAUUUUUUUUAAUUUUUUUUUACCAAAACACACAUUCAUUGAUAUUCUUCAGACUUGCAUUAUUAGUCAGAAGACAAGGAUGAUGUUAUGCUUUUACAAUUAUUUAUUAUUUUUUUAAGGGUAAGUUAAUAAUACAAAAAAGAUAUACAUAAAUAAAAUAGUGAAAACGAAAUCAACUAAAAUUACUUCAUAUAUUAUAAUAAUAUGAUCGAAAAUAAAAAGAAUAAAAAUAGUGAAUGUGAUUUAAAAUAUUUAAAUAAGCCGAUAAAAAAAAAACAAACGUGCUUUUAAAUAAUUAAAUUAAAAAACAAUAAAGCAAAGAAGAAUAAAAAAUACUUACACAAAUUUGGAAGUUUAAUAAUUAAGUAGUAUUAAAUUUUUAUUAUUUUUAUUUUAUGCGCGUAUAUUUAUACGUU